GAACAUUUGAUUUGAGAGUGUUCUUAAUAAUCCUAUCCUCCGAUGUUCAUCGUUUUGGCUUGGGGAUAACGUUGAUUGAUGGCUUCUUCGAUAUCCUUAAAGCCGAGGAACCUUCUCCUCUCGUCUUUCUCUACAGGCAGAGUCCUCCAUCUCCGCCGCGCCCGUUUCACCCACAGACCUUCUUCUUCUUCGUCUUAUCGUCGGACUCUGGUGGCUCAAUCCGGGUUCAGUCAAGGUCCCGUGUAUCUCAAUUUGAUCAAAGAACAUGCUCAGAAUCUUCUCUACACGAUCGGUGAUGAGACUUUUAAUUCUGUUUCCGGCACUACUACCACCACGACUGACCAGACCAGUGAUUGGUUCACUGGUAUCGCCAAUUACAUGGAAACUAUUCUCAAGGUUUUGAAAGAUGGGUUAUCUGUACACGUUCCUUAUUCUUAUGGUUUCGCUAUCAUUCUACUCACUGUACUUGUUAAGGCUGCUACCUUCCCAUUGACCAAAAAGCAGCAGCUAGACUACCGCCUUGUCCAGUGCCAGGCUCUUGUUCUUGCUCCAACCAGAGAGCUUACUCAGCAGAUUGAGAAGGUCAUGAGGGCUCUUGGUGACUACCUUGGCGUCAAGGUACACGCAUGUGUCGGUGGAACCAGUGUCCGUGAGGAUCACCGUAUUCUCCAAGCUGGUGUUCAUGUUGUUCUUGGAACUCCAGGACGUGUCUUUGACAUGUUGAAGAGACAGUCUCUCCGUGCUGAUCACAUCAAGAUGUUUGUUCUUGAUGAAGCUGAUGAAAUGCUCUCUCGUGGUUUCAAGGACCAGGAGGGACAUCCACCACUCGGAUGGUCAGAGACAUUAGCAUAUCUUUCACCACUCGGAUGCUCAUCUUCUCUCAGUAUCUCUCCAUUCAGAUUAUGCAAUCCUCUCAGCCACAAGUAA